AUGAGGCCCGUCAUUAAGCUCCUCCUCUUUGGGGCGGCAUUGUUCAAUGGACUUGUUACUGCUCGUCUCUUUAAACCCCAAGACGUCGUGACCCUUCCACGUCCCGGUGCAGCUUCCCUCUCCCCUAAUGGCACGUUUGCUGUUUAUGCUCAAUCGACUUAUCACGCCGACCAAGAUAAGAGUGUGAAGAAUUUGUUCCUGUUGAAUUUGCAGACAUCCAGUGUCUCGGAGCUGACCCCCCCUUCGUUUGAUUCCGCGCAAAAUGAACCAUUUUUCCUCGAUGACUCACAUGUGGCCUAUGUGCAAAACGGUCAAAUCCAUGUCAUCAAUCUCGAUACUACUGAUAAGCCUUAUCAACUGACGGAUUUCCCUGUCGAUAUCGCCAACGUCAAAUACAAUCUCCAAAGUAAAAUGCUGGCUUUUUCGGCAGCUGUGUACGAUGACGGAACACUGGAAGGAGCCAAAGAAAGAGAGGAUCAUCUGCGCGCUACCAAAAAAGAUACAGCUUUGGCCUAUGACAAGCUAAUGGUCAGACACUGGGAUGCUUUCACCCAAGAGAAGCAAAACAACAUUUUUACGGUAAAUGUGGAAGAUAAGGAAGGCCGAUAUCAAUUGGCGAACGAAGUACACAAUGUCCUCAAAUAUACAGGAUUGCAAUCACCUGGUUUUCCAUCAGGUGACGCCUCCGACUAUGAUAUUUCCCCCGAUGGUAAACAUGUGGCGUUUGUUUCAAAAAUCUCCAGCACUCGCAAUGCUUGGGAAACCGCACAAUAUGUCUACAUCGCGCCCUCCUCCGCAGACUAUUUCCCCAAAGCGAUUAAUAAUCAAAUCCCAGCUGCUUCGUCCCAUCCUGUCUACUCUUCUUCUGGAUUGCUGGCUUAUUUGCAAAUGUCACAGCCUCAAUAUGAAUCGGAUCGUAAUCAAAUCGUCAUCUACAACCCCGCUACAUCUACAAAGCAGUUGGUUGCCAAGGAUUGGGAUCGUAGUCCGUCUCAGAUCAUGUUCUCUGCUGAUGAACAGAUUCUUUAUGCAGUUGCUCAAGAAUUUGGCCGCGAUAAAGUGUUUGCCAUCAAUAUCUCGGACGACACCAUCACCACGCUAACGGAGGAAGGCGCAGCUUCCAUUGUUGGCGUUCUUCCAGACGGCAAUCUGCUUCUUAGCAUCAGUUCCAUGCAGCACCCCAGUCUUUUGCAUACGCUCGAUCCCAAAACACGUCAUUUGAAAAUGCAUCCUGCUUCCGAUAAACUGAUGGAACACUUGAGCCACAUUGAUUUCUUGACCCCGGAAGAAUUUGUCUUUGAGGGUUCGCUUGGUGAUAAGGUUCACGGAUGGCUUAUUAAACCUUCCAACUUCGACGAAAAUCAGAAAUAUCCUGUCGCUUUUCUUAUCCAUGGCGGUCCUCAAAGUGCUUGGGCUGACAGCUGGUCUACGCGGUGGAAUCCUCAAGUAUUUGCUGGAGCCGGUUUUGUCGUGGUUGCUAUUAAUCCCCAUGGUUCGACUGGUUAUGGUCAAAAGUUCACAGAUUCUAUCCAACGUAACUGGGGCUCCUAUCCUUAUUGGGAUCUCGAGAAAGGUCUUGACUACGUCCUUUCCACAUACAAAUUUGUGGAUGCUGAUCGAGUAGCCGGCUUGGGUGCUUCAUACGGUGGUUACAUGAUUAACUGGAUCAACGGACAUAGCAACCGUUUCAGGGCGUUGGUCAACCAUGAUGGCAUGUUUUCGACUCUUAACUCAUACUACACCACCGAUGAGCUUUAUUUCCCUGAAAGAGAGUUUGGAGGUCCUCCUUACCAUCCACUAAACCGUCUCGUCUACGAACGAUGGUCACCUUCCAACUUUGUGCAGAAGUGGAGAACACCUACCUUGGUUAUUCAUGGUUAG